AUGGCCAAGCCACCAGACCGCGUGGAUACAGCGAUUUGGCAGACGGCUGCUGCAUCACGGGUACUCCUGGACAGCGUUCCCGGUGUCGUCAGCUUGCUGUCGUCAUGGGCCACGGAUGUUCUUCAGAUGCCACUGAAGCUUGAGGCUUACGGGUCUGUAGUGACCGGCAUAGCGGACACCUCUUCAGACAUAGAUGUGGUUUUGCUGUCGGACAGCCUGGAAGACGUUGCUGGCAUCUUGGCAAGGCUCUAUGAUGCCCAUGAGAGGCUGCCUCAUUUUCACGUCGUGAGAUUUCUGGAAUCUGCACGUGCGCCGGUGCUCACGGUUGCUAGGGCAGACGGCUUAAUGGUGGACAUUACGGCGGGCAGCUGUCUUCCGGUCUACAACUCGCGGCUCCUGAAAGAGUACUGCGAGCUCGACCAUCGUUUGCUACCGCUCGCAUGUGCAAUCAAACGAUUCGCGAGAGUUGCUGGCGUUGUCGGAGCUGCCACCCACAACCUUUCAAGCUAUGCUUGGUCCUUGAUGGUAGUGUUCUACUUGCAGGCUGCUAAUCUCAAGUGCUACCUGCCAAGUUCUGCCAGAAGCAGCAACUUGCCUUCGUUGCAGUCGGCGUGUAGAAGCUGUGAAGUCACCAUCCAAGGGCGCAAGUUCGAUGUUGGUUUCAAAAGGCUCACAGACUUUCCACCGCCAGAUGCCGGACGCGUUCACGGCAGCGAGUCGCUCAGCUCCUUCCCUUGGCGGUCGCUGGCCCUUGGUUUUUUCAAGUUCUUCCUUGAGGACUUCGACUUGGAUAAGGAGAUCAUUUCUGUCUGCUUCGGCUCCAGACAGUUUGUUGAUGCCAGUACCACUGGGCCAGGCCCGCACAUCCGAGACCCCUUUGACCCCGGCCGUGAUCUUGGUGCCGUGCUGUCUGCUCCACGACGUGAAGCAUUUCGCGAGGCAUUGAUGGUUGGGAGGAGGUUGUUGGAGGAGAAAGUCGCAUUCGCCGGGUUGCUACAAGGAGAUGCAGAUCUUUGCUCCCCUGUGCAAUGGGAUACCCUGGUGCAUUCGGAAGAGCUUCAGCAUCACCGCGUCCAGCCUGGCGGCCAUGCGCCCCGUGCAGCUCAGAGCAAAUCGGGCGAUCUGGAAUUUGGCAGCACGGAGUUAGAUGACUUUCAGAAACGUUCUAUGCAUGCCAUAGCCCAAAAAGAGUCCGUGGUUGUUGCAGCUCCAACUUCUGCCGGCAAGACUGCUGUGGCCGAGUACGCGAUGAUGGUGGCCCUUCGCAAUCACGGAUCCGUGAUGUUCUGCUCACCAACAAAAGCCCUCAGCAACCAGAAGUUUAUCGAUUUCCAUGCAAACGCAAACUUUUCGAGGAGGGUCGGGCUUCUCACUGGAGACUCGUCCGUUGCACCUUCUUCGCCCAUACUCGUUGCCACCACGGAAAUUCUGCAGCUCGGUUUGCACAUUGUGCUAGGCCUGUCGGAGGUCCUGCCCUUGGACAGUGGACAGUGCUCACAAGUACUUGUAGGCAUCAGGCGAUCAAUGCUGUGCCGCCAUCACAAUGAUUUCGCUCGCCUGCAGACGGUGGUCUUUGAUGAAGUCCAUUACAUUGGAGACGUAGAGCGUGGAGCCGUCUGGGAGGACUGCAUGAUUUUACUUCCAGCGCACAUCAAUGUCGUAUGCCUGUCUGCAACCGUUCCGAACUGCCUGGAUUUGGCUGGAUGGAUAUGUCAAACGAGGCAUUGUGUGUGCCACUUGAUUCUGAAGCUGUCGAGGCCGGUGCCCUUGCGCAUCUUCGGGGUUGCAGAUGUCACGAGCCUCUUGGUCGAUGGGGACAAUGCAUUCUUAGAGGAGAACUUCGCAGCCUUGAAGUUAGAUAGAAAGAGCGGAGAAGACAUCUUUCAGGCCAUUGCCGCAAAUGCAAAGCUGACGCCCACGUUGGCCUUCAUGUUCAGCAAGGUCGCGUGCGAGACCAAUGCACUGGCUGUCGCGAGACGCCUGAACCAGGCGGAGAUCAUCGCCGACCGCAUCUCAGAAUACAGCGACGCCGGUCGGAAGCUGAAGGAGGCCAUCAAGUUCUGGACUUCCAGAAAGAUUCAUCGCCUGCGCCCUGUCGUGUCCCAACUGCUCAGCAUGGAGGCACGGCAGCGGAUCCAAGAUUUGGCCAAGGAAACCCUGUUGCAUCUGCCCGAGGAGGACCGCAGCUUGCAGCAGGUCGAGAUGCUUAUGGACACGCUGCUCCCACUAGGGCUGGCAAUACAUCACAGUGGUCUUCUUGCUCCGCUGAAGGAGUUGGUGGAGCGACUCUGUGCUGAGGGCCUUGUGCUGCUGCUUUUUUGCACCGAGACCUGCGCGGUGGGAUUGAACUUCCCCGCGAAGUCGGUGGCCUUCUGCUUCACAAAGAGCGGCUUGCUCAAGUGUGACGGGUGCAACAUGCGCAUGGUGCGCACUGGUGAGUACCAGCAAAUGGCAGGAAGAGCAGGUCGCCGAGGACUUGACAAGCACGGCAACGUGUUGUUCUGCAUGUCAAACCGGAAGGAUGAAAGUGUUCAGAAAGCGAAAGCAAAUGCACCACCCGGCAUGUCCCAGAUGAUGAAGCAACUCAUUCUCAACUCUGCCGAGCCUGUCAUGAGUUCAUACAUGUUACGCUUCCCGCUCAUGCUCAACUUGCUAAAGUUUGGGCAUGCUGGCUACGUCAAAUGGCUGUUUCUGCAGACUUUCCGCCAAUUUCAGAGCCGCCAAGCUGCUGCCAGCAUCGAGGAGCACAAGACCCAACGAGCUAUGUUUGCAAUUCUGGAAGCACUGGGUUUCUUGUCGCCCGAGCAGCGAUUGACCACUUUGGGACGUGCAGUUGCAGGAUUGUGGAUAGGAGAUCCACUCCUCAUGGGCGUGCUGCUCCGCGACAAGGUGCUCGACCCAUUCCCCGCACUGGAGCUUGUGUCGCUGCUGAGCGUUUUCACUGUCGAGCCCAAGUUUCGGAAGCACAAGGGAGCAGAGGAGGAACAGGAAGAUGAGCAGAGUGAAGAUGCGAACGAUUUCUUGCAUCAGUCUGAUGACUCUUGUGACCCUGAAGCUGGACAGUUCAUAGAAACAACGAAUUUCUUGGUCACCAAAGUCUUGCGAUCUGCGCGCCUGGUCUCCGAUGCCUACGUAGGGGGUGGCCUCUUGAGCGCCGACAAGGGCACGCCUGAGGAGUAUGUCAAGAACUGGCGCAAGGGCUGUCUGACUUACAAACAGUUCAACAGGCUUUUGACGGAUGGGAAGAACAUGGUCCUCGCAACUCGCAUGUGGAUAACGGGCAAGACUUUUUCGGAAGCUCUUCAUGUCGCCAGAAUGGACGCGGGCACUUUUGCCAAGGCCAUUCGUAAGCUGGGCAAGUUCGUGCGAAUGCUCAUCCAGGCAGCUCUGAAGCUUGACAGGGGUACCUUUGCAGACAGCUUGUCUCGGAAGCUUUCAUGCUUGAUGCGUGGCUUACCUUUCUUAUCUCCAUUGCUGCUUAGAAACCUGGAAAGCUCUGCCGAUGUUGAUGGAGAUGACGGAGAGCCCUUGUGGACAGCCUGUCCUGAUGAGGUUGGCGCCAGGGUUGAGCUCAAGCCCUCGGACAUCGGAUUUUCACACCGCAGCUGCUCCGCUCACUUUCAGGAUGGCCGAACAGUGCGGUCCACACUGACGGAGAUCCUGGCGGGCAAGGUGUCGCCCUGUGACAUUGAGGAGCUUCGGGUGUUCUGGCACCAGGGAAUCUACUACACCCUCGGCAACCGCCGCUUAUGUGUCUAUCGCUUGCUUGAGCAUUGCCGGCCGAACACCAAGAUCUUGGUGAAGGUUGUCUCAGAGUCCGAAGCAGAAGCACGGGAUUGGAAGGAUAAGUUUACGUCGGGACGAUGGAAGGGUGCUGUUGUACUGCUUCGGCACACGGGUGAGAUCAUCGGCAAGAGCCUGGCGCAGAGCACAUUUAAGUUGCCUAGCGCAGAGGAGAUCGAGAGCACUGCAAAUGCCGUGGAGCCGCACCCGACAUGCCCGUCGCCACUUGAGCAGCCGGGGGCCAUUGGAUACUGGCACCACUUGCGGGCUGCAUGCCAAGGAGACAACUCUCGAGUGGGCCACUUGCGAGGUGUGGUUCAGAUUCCGGGCGCUCCGCAGAGCGUAGCCUGCAAAGCUGGGCCUCCGCGUCGGCUCUUGGAUCCGUUAAGUCUGAGCGACGAGCAACUUGCAAGAAUGGACAUGGACUGGUCGCCUUGCACCGAUCUUCGGUACGAGCAGCCGGCAUGUGGAGAAGGCAACGGCAAACCUUGCACCAGGAAGGGAUGCAGUGGCAUUUUUGAGAAGACUGGCGAGCCAUGCCAGUUUUGUCAUACGCAUCCUUGUGAAGUAAUUGCUCGGUUUGAAGCCUUUCGAGGCUUCGCCAGGCGGGCUGCGAAGAAGAACCUUGGCAAACAUGCCAACCGCCGAAUGGGCUACUAA